CUCGCUUAAAAUGUGAUCCGCGUGCGGCGAGUUGCAACACUCGAACUUUUAAUCAAAACAAAACUCAUAUGUUUCAACAAAAACCAGUUCCAUUGAGAGCAAUUCGCUGAGAGGGAGAGAAUCCAAUUAUACAGAGAAUAUAUACAAAAACUUUUAAAUACCGAAAUUGCGCUUGGCUGGUCAAGCGGCCGGUUAUCAACACUCGUCCCAAACAGUUGAUCUACAAAAGCGACGGCGUCAACAUCGCAAACAAAUUUACUGCUGGACUGAUCCGAAGCUGAUCCCCGCCAAUAAUCUCCACUCGGAGGUCAUCAUUACAUACAGUAGCUAAAAUGUUGCUGACCCUGAUUACUGGCGCACUGAUCUUGCUCCUGACCUGGGACUUUGCUCGAAAACGGUCGAGAGUCGCUGCCUUUCAGAAGUCCAAGAUCCCAGGGCCUAUUUCGAUUCCGAUCCUGGGCUGCGGCCUUCAAGCACUGCACUUAGGAGCGGAGAAUAUUAUCCCCUGGGUGGGCGAAAAGUUUGACGAAUAUGGUAAGACAUUUCGUUUUUGGAUCCUAGGGGAGUCCUUGAUCUACACGAAGGAUCUGAAGUAUUUCGAGACCAUCUUGAGCAGUACCACCCUGCUGGAAAAGGGUCAACUCUACAAGUAUCUGCGACCUUUUCUCAACGAUGGACUACUCGUUAGCACGGGUAGAAAAUGGCAUGCCAGGAGGAAGAUUUUCACCCAUGCCUUUCACUUUAAGGUCCUCGAGCACUAUGUGGAGAUCAUGGAUCGGAAUAGUGCGAUUAUGGUGGAGAAUCUGAGGACGGUCGCCGAUGGUAAAACAGCGCUGGACAUGUUGAAGUAUGUGUCCUUGGCAGCUCUUGAUGUGAUCACAGAGGCCGCCAUGGGUGUCCAGGUGAAUGCCCAGAAUGACCCCGAUUUUCCGUACAUCAAGGCGCUCAAGAGUGUGGUCUAUAUCCAACCGGAUCGCAUGUUCAAGUUUUCGCAACGCUACGACUGGCUGUUCCCGCUGGUAGCACCUUUUCUACAUAGACGACUUUUGAACGAGAUCCGCGUCAUGCACGAAUUCACCGACAAGGUCAUCCGCGAGCGGCGGGAAACUGUGGAGCGGGCGAAGGCCGACGGCACAUACCGUCCACUGAGUCUGGGCGAUGCCGAAAUUGGUCGCAAGUCGCAGAUGGCUCUGCUGGACAUCCUCCUCCAAUCGACUAUCGAUAAUCAACCAUUAAACGAUGCGGACAUUCGCGAGGAGGUGGAUACCUUCAUGUUCGAGGGCGAUGACACCACCAGUAGUGGUGUGUCCCAUGCCCUAUAUGCCAUCGCCAGGCAUCCAAAAGUUCAAGAGCGUAUCUACGAAGAAGUACUGCAAGUCCUAGGCCGGGAUCCCUCCGCUCCUGUGACGCAAUCCCAGCUAAAUGAUCUCAAAUAUCUGGAAUGCGUAAUCAAGGAGACAAUGCGACUAUAUCCUCCAGUUCCUGCAGUUGGCAGACACACCCACAAGGAUCUGCAGAUUGGAAACAAGACAAUUCCGGCCAAUACCAGUAUUUAUCUGGUUAUGUACUUUGCCCAUCGAGAUCCGGACUAUUUCCCCGAUCCUCUCAGCUUUAAGCCAGAACGGUUUUUGGAUGGAGAAGGGGAAAGUCAUGAGAUCUUCGCCUAUGUGCCCUUCAGUGCUGGGCCUAAGAACUGCAUAGGCCAAAAGUUUGCCAUUCUGGAGAUGAAGGCUCUGAUCAGCAAGGUCCUUAGACACUACGAAUUGCUUCCCCUUGGAGAGCAGCUCAAGCCAAUGUUAAACUUCAUCCUGCGUUCAGUCACAGGCAUGAAUGUGGGUCUUAGACCCAGGAAGUCAUAAUAUACUUUACAAACUCAUUUUGUAAUUCUUCGGUUAAAGGUAACUGGGAUAUUCGUGAUAAAUAGCAUGUAAACAAUUAUGAAUUAAUACUUAAGCUUUUAUAAACCUGUUGAUUAUCGAAAUAAAGACUAUUUUCUUACAAA